GACGUCCUGUGAAACGCUGCCGCAGCCUCGAGUUCGUGCCGCCUGACAUGUCUGAGCUGAGGGUUGUUCUGCUGGGGAGCAGCUGGAGUCAGAGGAACUCAGUGGAGAACUUCAUACUGGAACACAGCAUCUUCAACACAGAACCUCUCAGCUGCACCAGAACCUCCAGCCGGAUUAGAAACAAACAUGUAACAGUCAUCAACACUCCAGACCUGCUGAGUCCUACAGAGGACAAACUGAACGAGUUUCUGAAACACUUUGCCAGAGUCUCUGAUCCUGGACCUCAUGUGUUCGUGUUGGUCCUAAAACCUGAAGACUUCAAUGAGGAACACAAAGAGACGCUCUGCAGAAUCCUUGAAACUUACAUCAAUCAGUCAUUUGAUCAAUGCCUGAUACUGGUUACACUCAGAGAGGAGAGCUCAGGCUUGAAGGAAAGCCACAUGGAAAAUCCAACAUUGAAAGAGAUGAUCAUAAAAUGCAGAUACCGACACCUGAAGAUGAGUGACAUCGACCGUUCAGAGCUGUUAACACGUUUGGGUCAAGUUGUAAAAGAGAACAACGGAGAACAUCUGACCUAUGAAGUAUUUGAAGAAACAACUUCACCAGGAGGACGUCCUCGGAAACGUUGCAGCAGCUUGGAGCUCUUGCCUCCAGACUUGUCUGAGCUGAGGGUUGUUCUGCUGGGGAGCAGCUGGAGUCAGAGGAACUCCGUGGAGAACUUCAUACUGGAUCACAGCGUCUUCAACACAGAACCUCUCAGCUGCACCAGAACCUCCCGCCAGUUCAGAAACAAACAUGUAACAGUCAUCAACACUCCAGACCUGCUGAGUCCUACAGAGGACAAACUGAACGAGUUUCUGAAACACUGUGCCAGAGUCUCUGAUCCGGGACCUCAUGUGUUCGUGUUGGUCCUAAAACCUGAAGACUUCAAUGAGGAACACAAAGAGACGCUCUGCAGAAUCCUUGAAACUUACAACAAUCAGUCAUUUGAUCAAUGCCUGAUACUGGUUACACCCAGAGAGGAGAGCUCAGGCUUGAAGGAAAUGGAAAAUCAUGGAACAUGGAACAUGGAAAAUCCAACAUUGAAAGAGAUGAUCAGAACAUGCAGAUACCGACACCUGAAGAUGAGUGACAUCGACCGUUCAGAGCUGCUGACACGCUUGGGCCAAGUUGCAAAAGAGAACGAUGGAGAACAUGUGACCUAUGAAGUAUUUGAAGAAACAACUUCACCAGCAAACAAACAAACCUCCACGACUGAAGAGCAACAAAUUAAACCAGUUUUAAACCUGGUUUUGUUUGGGAGACAAGGAGCAGGGAAAACCUCGGCAGCCAAGGCCAUUUUAGGUGAGAGAGACCUUCGUUCAGUCUCUGACUCACCGGUGUGUGUCCAGAAUCGAGGAGAGGUGUUUGGACGGUGGGUAUCCCUGGUGGAGCUGCCGGCCUUGGCUGGAAAACCUCCAGGGGAAGUGAUGGAGGAAUCAUUCAAGUGUGUCUCCCUCUGUGAACCUGAGGGCGUCCACGCCUUCGUCCUGGUCCUACCUGUGGCUCCACUCACCGAUGACGACAAGAGGGAGCUGCAGACCAUCCAGAACACCUUCAGCUCUCGGGUCAAUGACUUCACCAUGAUUCUGUUCACCCUGGAGUCAGAUCCCACCCAUCCAGAUGUUGUUAACUUUGUGGAAAAGAGCAAAGACAUCCAGGAGCUCCGCCAGAGCUGUGGAGGAAGAUCUCUCAUCUUCAACGUUAAGAGUAAUCAGCAAGUCGCAGAGCUGCUGGAUGCUGUUGAAAAGAUAAACCAUCUCAAAAACUUCUGCAGUUACUCAGCAGACACAUUCAUGAGGGCCCAAAUAGAAAGAGUCGUACAAGAAGAGAGAGACAACACUGCACUGAGAGCUAAAGUAAAGAAGCUGAAAGAAGCACAGAUGUAUGAUGAAGAGCAGCAGAUCCCAGACUGUCUCAGGAUGGUUCUGAUUGGGAAGACCGGCUGUGGAAAAAGCUCUUCAGGAAACACCAUUUUAGGAAGAAAAGCGUUUAAAGCUGAAUCAAACCCAACUUCAGUCACCAAACGCUGUCAGAAAGAAGUGGGUGAAGUGGACGGUCGUGCUGUUGCUGUGGUCGACACUCCCGGUCUGUUUGACUCGACUCUGUCACAUGACGAGGUCAACGAGGAAAUGCUGAAGUGCAUCAGUCUUCUGUCUCCAGGACCCCACGUCAUCCUGGUGGUGAUACAGAUCGGCAGAUUCACCCGCGAGGACAAGGACACACUCAAACUCAUCAGGGAAGGUUUUGGGAAGAAUGCAGAACAGUUCACCUUCAUCCUUUUUACAUAUGGUGACACAUUAGAACGGGAAGAAAAAUCUGUUGAAGAUUACAUCAGAGAGGGCGAUGACUCGAUUCAGAAGCUGAUCCAUGACUGUGGAGGAAGGUUCCACGUGUUCAAUAACUACGAUAAAAACAAUCGUCAACAGGUCAGAGAUCUGAUAAGAAAGAUUGAUGAAAUGUUGAAGAGAAACAGAGGAAACUGCUACACCAAUGAGAUGCUGCAAGAAGCUGAAGCAGCGAUAAAGAAGGAGAUGGAGAGAAUCCUGCAGGAGAAGGAAGAAGAAAUACAGAGAGAAAAGGAGGAACUCACACGAAAACAUGAAGAAGAAAUGCAAGAAAUGAAAAGAAAAAUGGAAAAAGAGAGAGAAAAACUACAACAACAAACUGAGCUGAAACUCAAGGAAAUGAAGGAAAAUAUAAAUAAAGAGCUUGAAGAGAAAAAGAGGGAACAUGAAGAGAGGGAAGAGGAGAAUAGGGUAAGGGAACGUAGUGACGAAGAACAUCGCCAGAGUUUCAACAGACAGCUUGAAACAUUGGACAAACAAAUUCAGUCAGAAAAAGAGGAAAAGAAAAGCGUUAGCAGAGAGUUGGAACAGACCCGGGAAAAGAGGAGAAAGGAUAAGGAGGAUUUUGAGAAAGAACGUAAAGAAUGGUGGGAAAAACAAAAGAAAGAAGAUGAAGAGAGACAACAGAAGGAGCAGAAACGACUGGAAGAACUGGAGGAACAAUACAAGAAGGAAAAAGAAAUGUAUAAAAAGAAAAUGGAGGAGGAAAACAUCAGAAGAGAAAAGGUGGGAAAAGAAUUAAAACAAUUACAAGAAAAUAUAGAAAAUCUGAAAAAGAAGUUUGAAGACGAGGUCAGGAGAUUAGCUGAAGAGAAAAAUAAAUUACAGGAAAAAUAUAAGAAAGUGUCAGAUCAGGAGGAAGCACACAAGAGGGAGACAAAGUUCCGACUUUUUACCUUCAAACUGACAGUUUCGGCGGAUCUCCCGCCUUCCUCAGAGUGUCACGUGAUGGGAAGUGACAACGUCCUUAUCAGCUGUUUUUACUAUGAGGGCGUGGCCAACCUGCCAGGUUUGACAGGUCGGCCACGCCUCCCGCUGUCCUCCCGCCGCUCCAAGAUGCUGGUCCAUGUGUGA